CCGCAGGCACUGGGUCAGACAUUGUAUGGUCUGGCUGGACAGUGGGCAUCGGGUCACCAGGCAUCAGGUCAUUUGGCUCGACAGCGGGCACCGCGUCAUCUGGCAAGGCAGUGGGCUCCAAGUCAAACUGGUAUGACCGCGGGCACUGGGUCAGACAUUGGAUCGUCUGACUGGACAGCGGGCACUGGGUCACCAGGCAUCAGGUCAUUUGGCUCGACAGCGGGCACCGCGUCAUCUGGCAAGGCAGUGGGCACCGGGUCACCAGGCAUUGGAUCGUCUGGUUCGACAGCGGGCAUCGGGUCACCAGGCAUCAGGUCAUUUGGUUUGCCAGCGGGCACCGCGUCAUCUGGCAAGGCAGUGGGCACCGGUUUACCAGGUAUGACAGCGGGCUCUGAGUCAAUUGGCACGACAGCGGGCACUGGAUCAGGUACCGGAUCAUCUGGAUCAACAGCGGGCAUCGAGUCAACUGGC